CUUCCACUCAGCUUUUCAGACAGAUAAGAGACAUAAUCAGAACAGCAAGAGACGAAAUGGCAUCAGAAGUUGAAGGUAAUGAACCUGAUGUGAGGAUUGUGCUUCUGGGAGCUUCUGGAGCUGGAAAGAGUUCAAUAGGAAAUGCAAUACUGGGCAGAGAGGUGUUUAAAGAGAGCCGAACGAGAGAGAGCGAAAUACAGAGAGGAAGAGUAGAAGACAGAAACAUCUCCAUCAUCGACACUCCAGGAUUCUUCAACACUCACCUGACUGCUGAAGAGCUGCAGAAUCAGAUGAUGAAGAGCCUGGAUCUCUGUUUUCCUGGACCUCAUGUGUUUCUGCUCAUCAUCAACCUGGAGAACUUCUUAGUUGACCAGAGGAAGAUUGUGCUGAAAAUCCUGAAGAUCUUUGGUCCCCAAGCCUUGAAGUUCACAAUAGUGCUGUUCAGUGGAAAAGAGAACAUGACACAGAAAGAAUGGAUGCUCUUUUUGCUGAGUGAAGAAAUUCAGAAGCUAGUCAAUCACUUUAGAGGACAAUAUCACGGCAUUAACAGUACAAGUGACAUCAUACAAGCAGACAUCACAGAACUUCUGCAGAAGAUCGAUGAAAUCAUCAGACAUAAUAAUAAGCAGUAUUUCAACAACAACAUUAACUUAAAGUCUCAAAUAAUGAGCAAAUAUGAAGAGAAGAAAAAGGAAAAAGCUGAAGAAAACAGAACAAAAGUUCAAGAGAUGAAUUCAGUGAAAUGUAAAAUGCAAAAUAUAGGAGAACCAUGCACAACUAAUGUGACUACAAAUGAUCCUCUUGGUCUUCAUGUGAGUAAAGAUCUGAGAACUCAACUGAAUAAAGGCAUGUGUUCAACAGUCACACAAGAAGACAAGAACGAUGAAACAGAUACUGUAAAGCAAAUCAUAAACUCUCAGAGGAACUCAUACAUAGAAUUGGGAGAAAUAACCACAGACCAUAAACUGGAAAAUUGCUGGAAGUCAAGUGGAACAGGAAAAUGGGAGCAGAUAAAGCAAAAGGUUGAGGUAGAACAAGAGCCAACCACAGCAGACUGGGCUUUAGACUCAAAGUCUGGCGAAUGCACAGCUCUAAGGAUUGUGAUGGUUGGAAAAACUGGACCUGGAAAGAGCGCGACAGGAACCACCAUCCUGAGGCAAAAGCUUUUUAAGGAUAAACUUUCUGUAGAUUCUGUGACUAAACAUUGUCAACAAAAGCAGCACACGAUCGGUGGCAGAUGCAUCUCAGUGGUCGACACUCCAGGACUGUGUGAUACGUCAAUCAGUGAAGAAGAGCUCAAGAAAGAAAUCGAGAAAUGCGUUGAGAUGUCUGUUCCUGGCCCUCACGCGUUUCUGCUGGUGCUCAGACUGGACGUCAGACUCACAGAUGAAGAGAAAGACGCAGUCAAAUGGAUUCAGGAGAACUUUGGAAAAGAAGCUAAUCGAUACACUAUCAUCGUCUUCACAAGCGGAGAUCAGAAUAAAACAUCCAUAGAGGAGUUUGUGGAUGAAAACAGGCAAUUUAAGGAGCUAGUUGAACAGUGUAAAGGUGGAUAUCACAUCUUCAGUAACACAGAUGAAGAAAACAGAUCUCAGGUCAGUGAACUGCUGGAGAAGAUCGAACGGAUGGUGGAGAAGAAUGGAGGGCAGUUUUACAUCAAUGAGAUGUACGAAAAAGCUCAGAAGAAAAUCAAAGACGAAGAAGAGAGACGACGAGCGGAGAAGAUAAAGGCUGAAGAGAGAAAUAAACUGUUGAAAGACACCUUAAUAGGAGCAGCAGUGGCCGGCGGUGCAGCAUUAUUCGCUACAGGAGGAAUGAUACCUCAAGCUUUAUUUUCAUCUAAUGGAGAUGCAGUCCUGGCCUCCUAUGGUGUAGCUUUAAUGACGGGAGCAGCAGCUCUUGGAGGCGCAGCACUAGCAGCAGCCACCAGAGGCAAAUCUACAACUUUAAUAGCAGCAGCAACUUUUCCAAAUAUUCAGGGCCCACUUACAACACCCCAAGAACCAAAGAGAAACAUCGCAAAUGAUAAAAAUCCAACAAAUAUCAAUGUCUAAUCAUGUUACACCUUGGCAUUGUGUGGACGUUACUACUACGACAUCUAUCAGACUUUGGAAUCUAAAAUAAACCAAAUAUCAAUGUAAUUUGAUGGCAAUGGACCUCAAAUUAACAUUGUCCUUAGACGCUGGCUAGACAUUGAAUUUUGGUCACCUGCCGUCACGACCUAAAUCUAGCCUAAUAUUAACGUCUUAUGAUGUUGUGUGCCUGCUGGGAUAGUUCACUCAGAAUUAUAAUUUCCUGUUAAUUCACUCACCCACAGGUCAUUCACGUAGGUGACUUUUUUUCGUCAGUAGAACAUUAAAUAAGAUAUUGAGCUGAAUUUGUGGUCCUUGGUGAUUCAUAUUAUGUCUGUAAAUGGUGACAGUUUUUAGAAUAAAAAUAAACGCAUACAAAUGAGUCCAAAUCAAUAGUCAGGGCUCCUAACAAAGUCCCUUUAAGACAGGUCAUUUCACUCUGCAAAAGAGAGAGAGCACGCCUAGACAUGAGGUCAGGUGACACAGUUUAUUGACAGACAUUAGUGGUGUCAUCGGGGCUGGCAUGUCUAGAGGCGACCUAGGCAACCCUCAUAUCCUUUACCUCCAGCCCCAAUUUCUUACAUGGAGCAAUCAUUUUGCUUCACAAGACUUUAGUGUGUCGUCAGGAGUCAUGGCUAUUGCUUUAGGCUGAUUUGCAUGUUUUUUUUAAUGAACUUUCAUCAAUCACUACCAUUAUAUGAAUCACCAAUAAGCAGGCAUUCAGCUCAAGAUCUUCUUUAAUGUUGUACUGAUGAGGAAAAAAAAAGGCAACUUCAUUUUGAAAGACUUGAGUAAAUUAACAGGACAUUUUCAGUUUUGGGUGAACUAUCCCUUUAAAGGGAUAGUUCAGUUUACUAUUUAUUGCAUGAAAAACUCUGUAUAUGUAUCAAUUAUACUACAUUUUAUAAUUAUUGGCAUUUAUAGUCAAAUAAAACAAACAUUGUUAUGGUAACAAUUGCAACAAGAGACAAGACAUUUAAGUUUGCAAACUGUUUUUACCCAUGUUCUUUCUACUAAAUCAUUUAAUAAUAAAAUACAUCCAAAUACUUGCUUGCGUAUCCUCAGUAUAUGCCUCUAGCUGACCUGCAGGAGUCAAUUGCAACUGUGUUUCAUAUACUGUAAACAUGGAAGCCCUCUUAUUGUUAACCAAAUUCAUAAUACAUCCUAAGGGAUUCAAUAUUACAAUGUAAAAGUUAUAUUUAGACAGGUAAACUAAAAGAGGAAGUAAAUAUUAAUGAGACAGUCUCCACCCAGUGGACAGACAAGCAUAGAACAGCAAAUUGAGGUGAAGUUACUUUUAUUUUCACACAUUUGUACAUAUUUGAACAGUGAUAUCUUGUGAAAGGCUGCCUAUAUUGUUUAUCACGCUACUUUGAAUCAAUUAGAAAUCAC